UUUUACAUCGGGAAGGAGUGUUCAAGUUACUCACUCAUCACAGCCACUUGUGUCUCUCCAGGAGGACUUGUCAUCCGUUGUGUUCCUUUGCUCUUAUCGGAAUUUACACCAUGGGGAGAUUAGAUGCGCUUCGGCAGUUUAAUUUGCUCAGCUGGCUCAGAGAGGAGAGGAGAUCGAGGAGACUGAGUCUCUUCAUUGUGUUCGUCGCUCUGCUCCUGGACAACAUGCUGCUGACUGUAGUCGUUCCCAUAAUUCCCAGCUACCUGUACAGCCUGGACGAGUCGACAGAGAUGGGAUUGAAGAACAACACCCUGACGCAGCAGGCUCCUGCGGGGGCCUUCAACAGCAUCGUGUCCUUAUACGACAACACCGUGAGGACCGCGGGCCCCAACAUCACAGUCAGGUCUACCGACCCGCCCCCUACUCCAGAGCUACCACAGAACUCCUCCGAAUGCCCCCAGUCCAAUCGCAUGCUGCUCCAUGAGAAUGUCAAAGUGGGACUACUGUUUGCCUCCAAGGCCACCGUACAGCUGCUGAUCAACCCCUUCAUCGGGCCCCUCACAAACAGAGUAGGAUACCAGCUUCCCUUAUUCGCUGGAUUCUGUAUCAUGUUCAUCUCCACUAUCAUGUUCGCCUUCUCGUCGAGCUACGUUCUGCUGUUCCUGGCCCGAUCGCUGCAAGGUGUCGGCUCCUCCUGCUCCUCUGUGGCCGGUAUGGGAAUGCUUGCGAGUGCGUACACAGAUGAUGAGGAGAGAGGUCACGCCAUCGGGAUCGCGCUGGGGGGUCUGGCAAUGGGUGUGCUAAUUGGCCCCCCAUUCGGCAGUGUGAUGUACGAGUUUGUUGGGAAGACCGCUCCUUUCCUCAUUCUGGCUUUCCUGGCUCUGUUUGAUGGAGCUCUGCAGUUCUUUGUUCUACAGCCCAGUAAGGUGGCACCAGAGAGUCAGAAGGGGACCUCGCUGUUCACACUGAUGAAGGAUCCAUACAUUCUAAUCGCAGCUGGUGCCAUUUGUUUUGGAAAUAUGGCCAUUGCCAUGUUGGAGCCGACGCUGCCGAUCUGGAUGAUGGAGACCAUGUGUGCCAGGAAAUGGCAGCUAGGCGUCGCUUUCUUACCAGCAUCCAUCUCCUACCUUAUUGGAACCUACAUCUUCGGCACCUUGGCGGUCAAGAUGGGGAGAUGGCUUUGUGCUCUCAUUGGAAUAACAGUGGUUGGAAUCAGUGUAAUAUGUGUUCCAUUUGCCAAAAGCAUCUAUGGUCUGAUUGUUCCUAACUUUGGAAUUGGGUUUGCUAUCGGCAUGGUGGACUCGUCUAUGAUGCCUAUUAUGGGUUACCUGGUGGACCUGCGGCAUGUGUCUGUCUACGGAAGUGUGUAUGCCAUUGCUGAUGUGGCUUUCUGCAUGGGAUUUGCUUUAGGUCCAUCUAUCGGAGGAGCCAUAUCUGAGAGCAUUGGCUUCCCCUGGCUGAUGACCAUCAUUGGAAUAGUGGAUAUUCUCUAUGCUCCUCUUUGCAUCUUCCUCAGGAAUCCACCGGGACAAGAAGAGAAAAUUGCUAUUUUGAUGGACACCAACUGCUCCAUGAAGACACGGUCCUACUCCACACAGGGGACGCACCACCAGGGCGAAAACAUGGAUCCAGAAUAUGAGGAUUAUGAUUAACUGGACACCAGCCAUGCAGGUUAACCUUUCAGAGGAUUUAUUUUGUUGUACAAAAAAGUAACAGAAGAAAAAAAACAGCAAUGAAACAAACAGCCAAGAUAUUUCCUUGUGAAUGUCCCGCGUUCAGUCUGUUCUGUGUCCUCUUAGCAGUUGUACUGGAGCAAACCAAAGUUGUUCUUGAUCUGUGGUUGCAAGCGCAUUGUGUGAGAGAUAUUUUUUUAGCCAACAGCCUUAUUCAGUAGAGAGAUGUGUCAAAAAGCACCUUUUAGGUAGUAGAAGGGUGAUGAGCAACAAGUAUGCUUUGCUGGUUUAUUUUGGAUACAAAUCUGUCUUAAUUUAUGUGUCAGCCAUUACAAGUCGUGUUUGUAUCUGCUGUACGUCCAUGAUGCUGUCUAGAGUAUUAUUACCAGACCUUGUGCCAGUGGUAUUAUAUUGGGUAAUUGUGUGGUAUGUGAAGAAAUGUUGUUUGUCUGAAGUCAGGAAUCAAUGUUGGCCUAUGGUCCUUGUUUGCAUUGAUGCAGUUACUAAAGUAAACUGUUCUAACCGAACUGUGAGGGGAAGUCAACACAUUUAAGUUGCUUUAAAAAAAGGAUGAGGAAAGUGUUUUAAAACACAAUAUAGAUUGAUGAUAUCCUCCUUGGAACAGAACCUACAGAACCUUGCUUUAUGGUAACGUCAGAGAAAGUAGGCUGCUGUUCACCCUGUUUUUAUUAUUUAGUAAAUCAUUAAUACUGUAAAUACCCCAAAAGUUGACUUUAUGUACCUCAGUGGCAGGGAAAAUCAAGCCCACAUGAAAUGAGGAAUAGGUUCAGUUUUUAAUAGGAUGGUGCAGGUAUAAGGCCAUUAACAUGUAAAUAACCUCGCAAUUGACCACUUCCAGAACCCUCGUCUCUGUAGUCAACGUUUCUUCUCAACGUUUUAUUGGUUAGAGGCCUGACAUAAGGUCAAGGUAAAGAGAUUUUCACAUUUGGUUCUACAAAAUAAAACUCAUCAGUAAAUACCCCACUGCUGAAUGUCUGAAGCUUGUAUGUGUCAGUGGUUGCUAAGUGACUACACUUCAUCACGCUAACACUGGCGCCAUUAGCUUAGCGGUGGGGAUGCGCAGCCCUGGGACGGCGAUGUAUUUUGUUUAUAGCCUAACUUUAGCAAUUUCGAGUCAUGCUCUGAUCUAUCCUUUUAACAGAGAAACAGUUUUUACUGGAGUGAGACUGAGUUGAACUGAGGAUGAAACUCAACACUUGAAACUCGACCUGCAGAUUUCCCGCUGUCUUUUUAGGGUUUGGCUUUAAUGAGUGAAGAGUCAAGUUAAAACAGUAUUUCUGUUGAAAAUUAAAAAUCUGAAGGAUAAAAGUUGUGAUACUAGUAGACGUUAUACUGGAUUUGUCUUGUGGGUUUUAAUUAAGGCCCCUUAUUCCUUAACCUGCAGUGAGAACAUACAGGUGUGUCCAUCUGUGAGGAGGAUCUAAUGAGAUAUACAUAGAGAGAAAGUAUGGAAACUUUCACAUCAUAUCUAGUAUUACAGCAUGCAACGAGUUUCAGUACACCUAUAACAAUUUGGCUAAUUAAAAUAAACUGAAAGAGACAAUAUUUCACAAUGAAUCCAUUGUUGUUAUAAGCCUUCCAUUGCUGGUUAUGUAUUUCUGUGUGACUGGCAAGAUGAAGAAGAUGUUUCUCACAUGAUGUGCAUUGAUGUGAUGCAUCAUG